GUGGCCUGUGCGCACGCCGUGCCGCCGCGCCGCUAGGGGGCGCUGACGGCGGCGCCGGCUCCGGUGUCCAUGGCGGGGGUCGGGGCCAAGCGGGGACCCCCCGAGGCCGGGGGGGGCCCCCCCGAGAAGAGACCCCCCCGCGAGGAGCAGCCGCCGACGACGCUGAUCGAGCCCCUGCGCCUGGGGGGCAUCUCCUCCACGGAGGAGAUGGACGUCAAGGUGCUGCAGUUCCGGAACAAGAAGCUGGCCGAGCGGCUGGAGCAGCGCCAGGUGUGCGAGGACGAGCUCCGCGAGCGCAUCGAGAAGCUCGAGAAGCGCCAGGCCACCGACGACGCCACGCUGCACCUGGUCAACCGCUUCUGGGCACAGCUGGACUCGGAGGUCCAGGCCCUGCUGCGCCGCUGCGACGGGGGCGGGGCCGAGGGUGGGGGAGGGGCCUUGGCCCCGCCCCCCGGGGACCCCCCCGGGGACCCCCCCGAGCCCCCCCCGAACCCCCCCGGGGAGCCCGAGAGGAGAGAGCCGUGGGCGGGGCCCGAGGAGGGCGUGGCCGCCGCCCCUCCCCCGCCCCGGCUGAGCUUCGCCCCCGAGGCCGUGGCCAGGCUGGGCGGGGCCCUGGGCCGGGUCCAGAGGGGGCUGCACCACCUGGGGGGGCACCUGAGCGCCCGCCCGGAGCUGGCGGAGCCGGGCCGGGAGCUGCUGCGGGAGCUGCUGCGGGAGCACCGGCGGCUGCAGGAGCUGACGCUGCACCUGCACCAGAAACACCAGAGGGAGGCCCUGGAGCUGGCGGAGCUGCAGGACAAGGCCACCUCGGCGGAGACGAAGGUUCUGGAGAUGGGCACCACGCUGGAGGGGCUGCAGUGGGACAGCGCCAAGCUGCGCAAGCGCGAGGGGCGCCUGGACAGACACCUGGCCGAGGCGCUGGAGCAGCUGACCUCGGGCUCGUACGGCUCCGGCAGCUCCGGGGGUUUCCAGGGGGGGCAGAUCACGCUCAGCGUGCAGAAGUUUGAGAUGCUGAACGCGGAGCUGGAGGGGAACCAGGAGCUGGCCAACUCCCGCAUGGCCGAGCUGGAGAAGCUGCAGCUGGAGCUCCAGGCGGCCGUCAGGGGCCAGGAGAGACUCAAGGUGGCUCUGCGCUCGUUACCUGAGGAGGCGGUGAAGGAGGCCCUGGAGUACAAGGUGCUGCAGUCGCAGUUCUCGCUGCUCUACCACGAGAGCCUGCAGGUGAAGACGCAGCUGGACGAGGCGCGGGCGCUGCUGCUGGCCACCAAGAACAGCCACCUGCGCCACAUCGAGCACAUGGAGAGCGACGAGCUGGGGGUGCAGAAGCGGCUGCGCACGGAGGUGAUCCAGCUGGAGGACACGCUGGCCCAGGUGCGCAAGGAGUACGAGAUGCUGCGCAUCGAGUUCGAGCAGAACCUGGCGGCCAACGAGCAGGCGGGCCCCAUUAACCGCGAGAUGCGCCACCUGAUCAGCUCCCUGCAGAACCACAACCACCAGCUCAAGGGCGACGUGCAGCGCUACAAGCGCAAGCUGCGCGAGGUGCAGGCCGAGAUCAACAAGCUCCGCCUCCAGGCCAGCGGCGCCCCUCCCCCACCCACCCCCGCCCCUCCCCCACCCCCUCCCCCCUCCUCCUCAAGCUCCGCCUCCUCUUCCGCCUCCGGCCCCGCCCCCUCAAGCUCUGCCCCUCCCCCUGAAGAAACCCCUCCCCCCACCCCUGCCCCUCCCACAUCUGACGACAAAGAGGGCGUGGCCUCUUCCGGCCCCGCCCCCUCUCAGGACCCUCCCCCUAAAGCCGCCCCUCCCCCACCCAAGGAGGAAGAGGAGGAGCCACCCGGCCCCUCCCCCGCCCCAAACCCCGCCCCCUCCCAGGCUCCCCAAGCCCCGCCCCCUCCCCGGCCGCCGGCUCCGCCCCCUCCCAGGCCCCGCCCCGAGCGGGGGGCGGGGGGAGGGGCGCGGGGGGAGGGGCGGGAGCGGCCCAAGGGCGGAGCCGAGGAGGGCAAGAAGAAGGACUCGGAGGUGCUGAAGCAGCUGAGGGCGGAGCUAAAGAAGGCGCAGGAGAACCAGAAGGAGAUGAAGCUGCUGCUGGACAUGUACAAGUCGGCGCCCAAGGAGCAGCGCGACAAGGUGACGCUGAUGGCCGCCGAGAGGAAGAGCAAGGCCGAGCUGGAGGAGCUGCGGGGGCGCUGGCGGGAGCUGGAGGAGCGCGAGCGGCGCGAGUCGAAGAAGCUGGCCGACGAGGAGGCGCUGCGGCGGCUGCGGCUGAGCGAGGAGCAGAUCGAGCACCUGCAGAGGAGGCUGGCGGCCACCAAACAGGAGGAGGAGGCGCUGCUGUCGGAGAUGGACGUGACGGGCCAGGCCUUCGAGGACAUGCAGGAGCAGAACCUGCGGCUGCUGCAGCAGCUGCGCGAGAAGGACGACGCCAACUUCAAGCUGAUGUCAGAGCGCAUCAAAGCCAACCAGAUCCACAAGCUGCUGCGCGAGGAGAAGGACGAGCUGGCCGAGCAGGUGCUGGCCCUCAAGGCCCAGGUGGAGGCGCAGCUGCAGGUGGUGCAGAAGCUGGAGGAGAAGGAGCGGGGCCUGCAGAGCGCCCUGGGCGCCGUGGAGAAGGAGCUGAGCCUGCGCUCGCAGGCCCUGGAGCUGCACAAGAGGAAGGCGGUGGAGGCGGCCCAGCUGGCCGAGGACCUGCGGGCGCAGGGCGAGCACGUGCAGGCGCGGCUGCGGGAGCUGCAGGUGUGCGCGGCCGAGAACCGAGCGGCCAAGGACAAGGAGUCGCUGAGCCUCAAACGGGCCCAGGAGGAGCUGUCGCGGCUGCGCCGGAAGCUGGAGAAGCAGCGCAAGGUCGAGGUCUACGCCGACGCCGACCAGAUCCUGCAGGAGGAGAUCAAGGAGUACCGGGCCCGGCUGACCUGCCCGUGCUGCAACGCUCGCAAGAAGGACGCGGUGCUGACCAAGUGCUUCCACGUCUUCUGCUUCGAGUGCGUCAAGAGCCGCUACGACACGCGCCAGAGGAAGUGCCCCAAGUGCAACGCGGCCUUCGGCGCCCACGACUUCCACCGCGUCUACAUCAGCUGAGGGGUGGUCAUCCCCUGGUGACCCCUGGCCAGCUGUGGUCAUCUGUGUCCAUCCUUGGUGACCAAUGACCACCGAUGACCAUCCAUGGUCAGCCAGUGUCCAUCCUUGGUGACCCACGGCCACGGCUUCCACCGCGUCUACAUCAGCUGAGGGGUGGUCAUCCCCUGGUGACCCCUGGCCAGCUGUGGUCAGCUGUGGUCGUUCUUGGUGACCAUGGCCACCCAUGGUCAUCCAGUGUCCAUCCUUGGUGACCCACGGCUUCCACCGCGUCUACAUCAGCUGAGGGGUGGUCAUCCCCUGGUGACCAGUGGCCAUCCAUGGUCAUUCUUGGUGACCACAGCCACCCAUGACCACCCAUGGUCACCCAGUGUCCAUCCUUGGUGACCCAUGGCUUCCACCAUGUCUCCAUCAGCUGAGGGCCAGUGGUCAUCCUGUGGUGACCAGUGGUCAUCUGUGGUCAAUCUUAGUGACCACGGCCACCCAUGGCUACCCGUGGUCAUCCAGUGUCCAUCCUUGGUGACCAGUGUCCAUCCGUGGUGACCAGUGUCCAUCCUUUGAUGAUCUAUGGCUUCCACCUCGUCUCCAUCAGCUGAGGGGUGGUGGUCAUCCCGUGGUGACCAGUGGUCAUCCAUGGUCAUUCUUGGUGACCACAGCCACCCAUGACCAUUUGUGGUCAUUUAAUGUCCAUCCUUGGUGACCAAUGGCCACCAAUGACAAUCUGUGGUCAUCUCUGUCCAUCUUUGGUGACCAAGGCCACCAACGAUCACCUGUGGUCAUCUCUGUCCAUCUUUGGUGACCAUGGCCACCAACGAUCACCUGUGGUCAUCCAAUGUCCAUCCUUGGUGACCAAGGCCACCCAUGACCGUUGAUGGCCACCCCAUGGAGACUCACGGCCACCCUGUGGUCACUUCUGACCAGCCAAUGGUUGGCCCAUGGCCACCAGUGUCCUCCUGUGGUCACUCUGUGUCCAUCCCUGGUGACCACCUGUGGUCACUCUGUGUCUGUCACUGACCACCUGUGGUCACUCUGUGUCCAUCCCUGGUGACCACUGACCACCACUGGUCACCCCUGACCACCCACGAUGACCACUGGCCACCGAUGACCACCCACGAUGGCCACUGGCCACCGAUGACCACCCACGAUGACCACUGGCCACCAAUGACCACCCACGAUGACCACUGGUCACCCCUGACCACCCACGAUGACCACUGGUCACCCCGACCACGCCGUGGCCGCCCCACGGUCACUCCUGGUCAUCUCUCGCUGACCAAUGACCGCUCUCCGGCCCCUCCGUGGUGACCACUGACCACCUGUGGUCACUUCUGGCCACCCCAGGCCACCCCUGAGCCCCUUUGUCCACCCCAAAGUGACCCCUGACCACCCCAAAGUGACCACUGGUCACUUCUGGUCACCUUGACCACCCCAGAGCCACCCCUGACCACCCCAAAGUGACCACUGGUCACUUCUGGUCACCUUGACCACCCCAAAGCCACCCCUGACCACCCCAAAGUGACCCCUGACCACCCCAAAGUGACCCCUGACCACCCCAAAGUGACCACUGACCACCCCAAAGCCACCCUGACCACCCCAAAGUGACCACUGACCACCCCAAAGUGACCCCUGGUCACUCAUGGUCACUCCUGGUCACUCUGAGGCCACCCCAGAGUGACCACUGACCACCCCAGGCCACCCUUGACCACCCCAAAGUGACCCCUGACCACCCCAAAGUGACCACUGACCACCCCAAGGUGACCACUGACCACCUCAGGCCACCCUUGACCACCCCAAAGUGACCAGUGGUCAUUCCUGGUCACUCUCAAGUGACCACUGACCACCCCUGGUCACUCCAGGCCACCCCUGGUCAUUCGUGGUCACUCUGAAGUGACCACUGACCACCUCUGAGUGACCACUGACCACUUGUGGUCACUCUAAAGUGACCCCUGGUCACUCUAAGGUCACUCCUGGUCACUCUAAGGCCACCCCAAGGUGACCACUGACCACCCCAGGCCACCCUUGACCACCCCUAAGUGACCACUGGUCACUCCUGGUUACUCCUGGUCACUCUAGGGCCACCUCACAGUGACCCCUGGUCACUCCAGGCCACUCCUGGUCACUCUAGGGCCACCUCACAGUGACCACUGGUCACUCCAGGCCACCCCUGGUCACUCUCAGGUGACCACUGGUCACUCCUGGUCACUCCAGAGUGACCCCUGGUCACACCAAGGCCACCACGAAGUGACCCCUGGUCACUCUGAAGUGACCACUGACCAACCCAAAGUGACCCCUGGUCACUUCUGGUCACUCAUGGUCACUCCAAGGCCACCACAAAGUGACCCCUGGUCACUCUCAAGUGACCACUGACCACCCCAGGCCACCCUUGACCACCCCAAAGUGACCCCUGGUCACUCUGAAGUGACCAAUGACCAACCCAAAGUGACCCCUGGUCACUCCUGGUCACUCUAAGGCCACCCCAAGGUGACCACUGACCACCUCAGGCCACCCUUGACCACCCCAAGGUGACCCCUGGUCACUCCUGGUCACUCUGAGGUGACCACUGACCACCCCAAAGUGACCCCUGGUCACUCGUGGUCACUCGUGGUCACUCUGAGGUGCCCAUUGGUCACUCUGCCCCCCCCCCCGCUCCCUCAUUGGUCACUCGUGGUCACUCCCAAUGUCCCCCCUGCCCCUCCCCCGCCCCUUGGCCCCUCCCCCUCCACCCAUGACCUUUCACUCCCCAUGUGGCCCCGCCCCCUUUUCCCUUUUCCCAGCCAAUAAAAUCGCUCGGAGGCGUU